AGGUGAACAUCGAGCCACCACCGUCACCAACUGAUGUUUCUGUUAUGUUUUUUGAUUUUGUAGGUUCUACAAAUCAUCAAAAAAUUUGCCACGAUGGCUAAGGAAAAUUAGGGAUUAACACGGUGUUUUCGACUUGGGCAAUAUUACAAUGGCAUCGUCUCCACAACCCCUAAGCAAAGUCAAAUCGCCCGAAGAGAAUCAGAGCAAUGGCACUGAAGAAAGUCCAGGUUUGCAAGAGCCGCCGACAUCAGGCAAAAACCCCCAAAUAGGCGAGAUAGCAAUUGAAGCCUCGGAGAUCGUCAGUCGUUUAGGACAGGCGGUUGAUACACCCAAAACACCGACUGAGAAUGUUCGCAGAGCGGCAACAGUUUUCCUGGGGUUGCAGAAAAAGCACAGCAAUGAAAUCAUUCAUUCGAUUCAUGAACUUAUCAGUACAGAUGAAGACGGUGAUCCAACUACCGCUCUGCCCCUUAAAACCGUCGCCAAAUUAGUGAUGGUUUCACACAGUUUGUCCGCUUACUGUGGCAGUUUGGAGCACAGUCUUUUGCAGAAGUUAAGUUUAAGGUUCACAACGGAUACAACCAGAUGGAUUAGCCACAUCUUUGGAUUAUUGGACUCUUCGGCGUUUUACCACGACGAUAAUCUCGAAGGACUGGUAAGAAUAGCUAGAAUGGUUCUACACUACAAAUUCCCCAGAUACUUGGAAGACGGCACUUUAACGUUCGCCUCUAGUUUGCCUUUAAUCUACAGCAGCAUUUCGAGCCCUUUGGGAAUUGUGCAGUAUCUUUGUAGGCAAUUAGGUUUGCCAUUAGCGUGCGUCCGGCCUGUUCCAGUAAACACGCAUUUCGGCUCGCACUACACCAUGGACGUUGCAGCUUUGCAGAAAAUGUUAACCGACGACGGUGUAACGGGGAAAGUCCCUUUGUUAGUUAUAGCAGAUGCAGGCACGCCAGUUACCGGCCAUGUGGAUAACAUUGCACGAAUCAAGGAACUGUGCAAAGCGCACAACUGUUGGCUUCAUGUUAGAGGACACACAUUAUCCGCACUCACUUUACCGAACCACACCAGAAAUAAUCACGCCACUCCAGUCGCAGAUAGUUUCACUCUAACUCUGGGAAACUGGCUAGGAGUACCGGGUUUGCCUAAUGUUACUCUAUAUAGAUUAUGGGAUCAGAGCAAUAUCAACGCCAGCAAACAGAAGCAAGUGGGAGUUUCCAGAGAAAGUACCCUGCCACUUCUGGCUGGCCUACACAACGAUCAUACAAGCCGGAGAAUUAUUACUCUGCCCCUUUGGACGGCUCUUCAGAGCCUUGGAAAGGAUGGAGUUUUAUCUGCAAUAAGAGAAAAUUUCCUUGCCAGCGAACGACUGUACUCGGCUUUGGAUGUUUUCCGGCAUGUCCGAGUUUUGAGUCCUAAACCUGGAGGUGAGAGCGGCGCCUAUACAAUCACAGAACUGAUUUCCAAACCUGCCAGCAUAUCUAUGCUAUUCGAGUCCACCGCAUGCUGCGUCGUCUUCCAGUUUAUUCCCGACUUGGCAGAAAACGAGGUUUUAAUUAAAGUGCCUCCCUACUACGACAAGCUCAAUUCCUGGCUGGGCCAAAUAUUGCAAAUAUCCGCUCCACAGAUUCCGAUAGAAAUUUGCGAGUUAGAAGAUGUCGGAACCGUUCUGCGGUUUUGCCCGUUUGAAAGCGCAAUCAGUGAUCAACCCACUUUGGAGCAGUUUAAAUCCUUCGUACAGUGCCUCGAGCAGCAACUGGUCAUCCUGAGGGCUACGAUUCAUCACAAAGAAACGUUCAAAACCAUCGUUGAAGCUUCCCCCGUUCUCUCCUUUGUGGAACUGCCAGAUUGGGCAGGAUUGGGGGGAGUCCGAUACUGCCCAGAAGGGUGGAAAGAGUUGCUGCCCGAUCAAUUGAAAGAGGAGCUUAACAACCUGAACAUCGCGCUGGUCGAUGCUUUAAAGUCGGUUGAUUCUGCAUUUUCGCUGGGCGAAGGCCAGGACGGUCUUAUUUGCGUUCGAUUCGGCAUGUUGACUCCGCAAUCUGAUGUCGAAGAUAUGCUGACUUUGAUCGUGCAUGUAGGCCAGUCUGUUGAGGAAAAUUCCCGUGUUUUGGAUUCGAUGAGCGAAAUCGUUAAGAAAGGCAUUGAAACUGCCACUAAAGACCUGCAGAAGGAAAACGAGGAGCGGCUGUGGCAGGAGGGGUUGAUCAGGCAUGUGCCCCUGGUCGGGAAUUUUGUUAACUGGUGGUCCCCCAAAACGAAGGAAACAGGAGUUAGAGGUCGCAGUUUAAAUUUGACGCAGGGCAUUGUUGAAUCCACAGAAAAUAUCUACAAGUAUCACAUGCAGAUACAAACUGGCACGACUCCACCAGCGGGAAGUAAGAGCCCGCCUACACCCCAAAUCCAGACAUCGGUAAGUGCAAACCAUUCGAGAUCCAGCAGUCACGCUUCUGUAUCUAGUCAAAACAUACGAGCGGACGCUGAGCCCCUCAAAGAGCCAGUUAUCGCAGUGAAACCCCCGACUGAUGAUGUAAAAGUAUUAGCACCUUAAUAUAUUUUUAAUCCCGUUCAAUAAUUAACAACUAUUUGAAGCACUUAGUUACUGCGGCUUUCACAAUACUUAUAUAUUGAAUUAAGCUACCCAGAGUUUUGUGGCUUGACUUCUUGUGCGUAUUUUCAUUGGCCAGUAGCGCUUCAGAAAAUUGUUAAGUCUAUGUACCACAUCGUUUCUUAAUGGAAUUUUUUUCAUUUGUUGUGCAAGCGGCAGUAAAGCACUUAUUGUUUGUUUUUAAUGUUGUAUACAUUGUUAUUGUUUUAAAAAUUAAGAUAUGAAAUAUAAAUUUGAAUUACACCCCAACA